AUGGUCAAAGAAGAUGUUGAGGCCCUUUGGGAAAAACGACCAAGGCUCAAUUCCAUCCCGUUUCAAGCAACCUUCCUCUGUACCAAAGAAUUUGAUGAUUGGUGGCAAUCAUAUUUUGUUGCUUACGUUGGUGCUCCUGAGGCCAAAUUAUCUGAACUAACUCAGGCUCUUAUCCAUUUGCAGGCGAAAUCGACCAAGUGUAAGGCUCUCCAUAUCAAACAAAUUCAAGCUUUCCAGAAAUAUUUCCGAGUUGUGUAUCGACCUAAUAAUCUUCGUCGAACCAUUUCUGAGGCCGCUGCCGAAUUAAAGGAGAAGGCUACUCCUGAGAAGCCUUCUGAUGAUGAUGAGCGACCCAUUUCCCAAGUUUUGAAAAAAUCCAGUUCUUCGGAUCAACCACGUUCUACAGAUCUGCCUGUCCCUUCCCCUCAGUCCAAGAAAUCCAAAAAACAUAAGCGUUCUGCUGCCACAGGACCUGAGCCGACUCCACAGCCGACUCAGCCAUCUCCUCAACAAUCCCACAAACCCAAAGGCCACCAGGGCCAUAAAAGGAAGAAGCGUGAUUCUCCCUCUAAGGGUGGUGAAGCAAAAAAGAAAAAACAACACAAAAUGCUCACUACAGAGGCUCAUUCUUCUCUAGACGCUGACACCAUUGUGGUCGACACGUCUAUCCUCAAUAUGGUCUCUGAUCCAGCUGUGGGGACUUCGACGUCGACCAACAUCCCUGCUGCUACUAUCUUGGAGGAAGGGAAUCCGGACAUUGUUCUUCCUACACCGACACAGGCCGAUGCUUCUGGUGAGCAACCUCACCAUGUUGUUGACUAUACUCCCCUGUCGAUGACUUCUUCUCCAUCUCACCAGGCAACCUCUGUUGACAAUGCUGGUGAGUUCACUGACUCCCCUAUCCAAACUAGUGAUAGUGAUUCAGUCACUAGCCCUGCCACGCACACGGAUUCUAGUUCGACUAGUUCUGACUCUAGUCUUUCUUCAGCUUCCUUGACUUUGCAGGAUUCAAGGGGACAAGGAAAUGCUGGCAUCACAGAAAUCCAGUCUCCUCAAACUGCGCCUCUACCAACUAAUUCCCCUUCAUCUUCCCAGGCAUUGGCAAUAAAGCCUUCUGCUCUAGAAGCAAUUGCUAGGCUUCAUAGCCUAGUAAGAUCACGUGAUGCCUCUUCAGAUUCUGAGCAGUUUCACCAACUCCAUUAUGAGAAGAUGGGUCCUGAAGCGACAAAGGUCAAAGCUCUGAUAGACAAGGUUCGUUUUUACGCCUUGAAUUCGGAUCUAUCCCAUGUGCUUUUGAGUGAACCUGCUGUCGGCCCAGAACUCUUGCAUGUGCUUGCCCAACUCAGGGAGCUUCACCUUUCUGAGUAUGCUAAGUGUGUGAUGGCCACAUUUGAAAAACUUCUGGUUCCCAUGCUGCGUCAUAUCGACAAUGUUAGGGAAAAUGAACACCAUAUUGAAACUACAGAGGCCUUUGUGAAGGAGAAAUGGGAGCUGGUGAUGAAAGCCGAUGAAGAAGUCACCAAAUUGCUGGGAAUGAUUGAGGAGAAGAAAAAGGAAUUGGCCCCCAAACAAACAAGAUUUGCUGAGAUACGCCUCCAAAUUGAUGACCUUCAGCGUCAAAUUGCUGCCUUGGACAGUGAAUUGGGGUCAAUUACUGAGGAAGAAUCCCGCAUUGUCGACAAGGUUGUGAAGCCAGCCCAAGAUACUGUCGAGCAAACCACCACAAAUGCCUUGGUCAUAGCUGAAGAACUCUCCAAAGUUGAAAAGAAACUUGAACAACUUAGGGUCCAGGCCGACAACUUUGAACCUCAGUCUCUGCACUACAAUCUUGAGCUUCAAUCAUUUUAG